AUAUCAAACAUGAAGGGACAUUACUCUAUCUGGGUGCUGCUUUUGGUUUUAUGUGGAUUGGUCUCGUUAUACACACAGGCUGGACAGCAGAUGCCAAAACUUUCAGACAAGAAGUUGUGUGCUGAUGCAGACUGCAGCUAUCCCAUCCUUAUUGCCAAAGCCAUCCAGGAUUAUUAUCCCCAAGACUGUCGCUUCAUUCCCAUCCACCAAGGCCAACUCGUCUACGUCUAUGCCAUGCUGAAAGAUCGAGGCAACCUCUUUUGGGCUGGCAGUGUCCAGGGAUCGUAUUAUGGUGAGCAGGAGGCUCGGAUUGGCCAUUUCCCCAGCAGCGUCGUCGAAGAAACCCAUGCUUUAAUGCCGGCUAAGGUUGAGGUCAAAACAAAUAAAUGGGACUUCUACUGCCAAUGAGAUGCUCCAAGAGGAGAACGUCAUUAUCAUUUUCUUGCACUGUACAACUUCUGCUAGCAUGCCACACAUUGUUUUCUAAUUGGCUAAUUUUCACAUUGGCUUAUGAAGCAGCUUCAUUAAAGACUCUAAAACUAUUAU